AUGCCUGAAAUUGAUAUAAUCAUAUACCACGGUGGUCCGUUGAAGAAUGCCAAUGCGAACAAGGGAUUGCCAUUUGAAGGGCCGGGUAUAAAGACCUAUUAUACCCAAAUUGAUCGUAGGUUGAAGACCCUUGACGAAUUGAAGAUGAUGGUUAUGGAAGAGUUGUGUGAGAACCCUGCUGUGCACAACAUACACAUUACUUAUCGCAUGCCAAAUGAAAUCCUGAAGCACCGGAUUAAUUACAAGUACAUGGCGAUAGAAGCAAACAAACAUGUGAAGAUCAUGUUUGACAAGUUGGAGAGAAUACCUAAAGAUGAGGAUGAUGACUAUGUUGAUGAAAAUAUUGCCAUUAACGGUGAAGAUUUUGGCGAUAGAGAUGAGAUUGAAGACAUGAUUGAACAAGGGGACUUUAGGGACUUUGAGAGGGACAUUGAUGACGAUGAGACAUUGGACGGUAGUCAACCUGAUGCAUACAAUGUUCUUACUGUCCAAAACAUUACAGACACAAUCCCUGUGUACUCACCACCUAUUGAGACACCAUUUGUGUCUAGUUGGAGAGAGGGGAUGAAUUUGUGCAAAGGCUUGACUUUUGCCAAUAAAAUGGAGGUGCAACGCGUAUUAACAAAGUGUGCCCUCAAGGAAAACAAACAUUUUAUGAUCAGUAGGUCAACCACGACAAAACUUUGUGCGAAAUGCGUUGAUGAGUCAUGCACGUGGUAUGUCUACGUAGUCAUGAAGCCCAAGUUCCACAAUCUAUGGAUGAUCACCGUGUACAAGGGUCCUCACACGUGUAUACGGACUGGGGUGCGAAAUGAUGGUAGAAUGAUGAGUUGUAAAUUUAUUGCAGAUGACAUCCUUAAGAAGUUAUGUGAGGAUCACACUACCUCAAUUAAGCAUCUCAGAUCUAUGAUAGAGUUGAAAUAUGAGGGACAAAAGCCUUCUUACUACAAGGUGUGGGAUGCGAAACAAAAGGCGAUUGGGAAGAUGUUUGGGAAUUGGGAAGAGUCUUAUCAAAGGUUACAGAAGUUGCUAAUGGCAUAUAUUGAUCAGGAUCCGACUACGCAGGUGUUCUAUCGUACCACAUCCACCGGUGAAGAUGACACAGUAUUUUUGAAUUAUGUGUUUUGGUCUUUCGGUCCAAGCAUUGAUGGAUUCAAAUAUUGCAAGCCGGUUAUCAGUAUUGAUGGGACCCAUCUGUAUGGUAAAUAUCAGGGAAAGUUGUUGGUUGCAAUGGCAACCGACGCUAACAACAAGGUAUUCCCUCUUGCCUUUGCUAUUGUGGAUUCUGAGUCAGGGUCUAGUUGGAGGUGGUUUUUACUAUGCCUCAGAGAUGCGAUUGGCCGCGUGAUACCUAACGAAGGCAUUUGCAUAAUUUCUGACCGACAUCUCGGUAUCAAAAACGCCAUUGCAAACUGUCCUAGAAGGGAUGAUGGAAGAGCACUGGUAUUUCAUAGAUAUUGCCUUCGACAUGUUGCUAGCAACUUUAGCACACAUUUUCAGAACUCGACUCUGAAGUCAGCGGCGUUGAAAGCCGGAUAUGCUAGUCAGGCAGUGAAAUUUACCUCCAUAAUGGAGACCAUUAAGCAGGCGGAUAUUGAGGCCAUUAGAAAUAAGAAGAAGUUGACGGGGAAGGAUGGCAAGGAAAAGAAUCAAGAUUAUCUUCCAUACACAUACCUAAUGGGUGAGUCUGUGGAUAUGUGGACCCAGUCACAUGAUGGUGGGAGACGUUUUGGGGCAAUGACAACCAAUAUAUCAGAGUGCUUCAAUGGUGUAUUGAAAGGUGCACGGGGCCUUCCUAUUGCCGCGUUGGUUGAGUUCACUUGGAACAAACUUGUCAGUUAUUUCCACGACCGUCGCAAAGACUACCUUUUUGAGUUCUCAGAGGCAAUGAAGAGCUGA